AUGAUAAUAUCGAUAUAUAAUGAAAAGUAUCGAAAAGAUAUAGAAAAGUAUCGAAAAGAUAUCGAAAAGUAUCGAAAAGAUAUCGAAAAGUAUCAUAAAGAUAUCGAAAAGUAUCGAAAAGAUAUCGAAAAGUAUCGAAAAGAUCGAAGAAAAGAUAUCGAAAAAUAUCGAAAAGUACCGGAAAGAUAUCGAAAAGUACCGAAAAGAUAUCGAAAAGUACCGAAAAGAUAUCGAAAAGUAAAAGAUAUCGAAAAGUACCGAAAAGAUAUCGAAAAGUACCGAAAAGAUAUCGACAAGUACCGAAAAGAUAUCGACAAGUACCGAAAAGAUAUCGACAAGUACCGAAAAGAUAUCGACAAGUACCGAAAAGAUAUUGAAAAGUAUCGAAAAGAUAUCGAAAAGUAUCGAAAAGACAUCGAAAAGUAUCGUAAAGAUAUCGAAAAGUAUCGAAAAGAUAUCGAAAAGUAUCGAUGUAUCGAUAAGUAUCGAUAUAUCGAUAAGUAUCGAUAUAUCGAUAAGUAUCGAUAUAACGAAAAGUAUCGAUAUAUCGAAAAGUAUCAAUAUAUAUCGAAAAGUAUCGAUAUAUCGAAAAAUAUCGAAAAGUAUCGAAAAGAUAUCGAAAAGUAUCGAAAAGAUCGAAAAGUAUCGAAAAGAUAUCGAAAAGUAUCGAUAUGUCGAAAAGUAUCGAUAUAUCGAAAAAAUCGAUAUAUCGUAAAGUAUCGAUAUAUCGAAAAGUACCGAUAUAUCGAAAAGUACCGAAAAGAUAUCGAAAAGUAUCGAAAAGAUAUCGAAAAGUACCGAAAAGAUAUCGAAAAGUACCGAAAAGAUAUCCAAAAGUACCGAAAAGAUAUCGAAAAGUACCGAAAAGAUAUCGAAAAGUACCGAAAAGAUAUCGAAAAGUACCGAAAAGUUUUCGAGAAGUAUCGAAAAGAUAUCGAUAAGUAUCGAAAAGAUGUCGAUAAGUAUUUAUAUAUAAUGAAAAUAUCGAUAUAUAAUGAAAAGUAUCGAAAAAAUAUCGAUAAGUAUCGAAAAGAUAUCGAUAAGUAUCGAAAAGAUAUCGAUAAGUAUCGAAAUUUUAUAGAUAAGUAUCGAAAAGAUAUCGAAAAGUAUCGAAAAGAUAUCGUAAAGUAUCGAAAAGACAUCGAAAAGUAUCGAAAAGAUAUCGAAAAGAUAUCGAAAAAUAUCGAAAAGUACCGAAAAGAUAUGGAAAAGUACCGAAAAGAUAUCGAAAAGUACCGAGAAGAUAUCGAAAAGUACCGAAAAGGUAUCGAAAAGUAUCGAAAAGAUAUCGAAAAGUAUCGAAAAGAUAUCGAAUAG